AGUCCAAUUUCAACGAUAAUGUCGAAGAAGGCCGAUCCCUACGCAUUCGCCAAGGAUUUCCUGGCUGGUGGUAUUUCUGCCGCUGUAUCGAAAACGGCAGUAGCGCCGAUCGAACGUGUCAAGCUGCUGCUUCAGGUCCAGGCUGCCUCCAAGCAGAUCAGUGCCGACAAGCAGUACAAGGGUAUCAUCGAUUGCUUCGUUCGUAUCCCGAAGGAGCAGGGAAUCGGUGCCUUCUGGCGCGGUAAUUUGGCCAACGUUAUCCGGUACUUCCCGACCCAGGCCCUAAAUUUCGCGUUCAAGGAUGUGUACAAACAGGUGUUCCUCGGUGGAGUGGACAAGAACACCCAGUUCUGGCGCUACUUCCUGGGUAACCUGGGAUCCGGUGGUGCGGCCGGUGCCACCUCGCUGUGCUUCGUGUACCCGCUAGAUUUCGCCCGUACCCGUCUCGGUGCGGAUGUCGGCCGUGGUGCCGGUGAGCGCGAGUUCAACGGUCUGCUCGACUGUCUGAAGAAAACGGUCAAGUCCGAUGGUAUCAUUGGUCUGUACCGUGGAUUCAACGUUUCCGUACAGGGAAUCAUUAUCUAUCGUGCAGCCUACUUCGGUUGCUUCGAUACUGCCAAGGGAAUGCUGCCGGACCCCAAGAACACCUCGAUCUUCGUUUCCUGGGCCAUCGCACAGGUGGUGACGACAGCUUCCGGUAUUAUUUCGUAUCCAUUCGAUACCGUCAGACGACGCAUGAUGAUGCAGUCUGGCCGUGCCAAGUCGGAGGUGAUGUACAAGAACACGCUCGACUGCUGGGUCAAGAUCGGCAAACAGGAGGGUUCGGGUGCGUUCUUCAAGGGCGCCUUCUCGAACGUCCUGCGUGGUACUGGUGGCGCUCUGGUGCUCGUAUUCUACGACGAGGUUAAGGCCUUGUUGGGUUAAGUAGGAGACGCCCUAGUGUAUUUAGUUAUGUCCAGCAGCAUCAAAACAA